CGGACCCGUUCACCGUCCUAGCGAAACGGGCCUAAGAAGCCCAUUGAGACGUGCUCUCGCGCGUGUUGCAAAACCAGACUAGAAAAUCCGAGUCGGACCAAAGCUGGUGGGGUCUCGCCUUCCUACUAGGGUUUUGAAGCUCUUCGCCAAAACCCUAACCGUAAUUUCGCAUUCAGAUCGCGGAAGAUGGACAAGAGCAUGCUUGGAGACCUCGAUUCUCUUCCUGAAGAAGACAAGAUCAGAAUGUCCGCCAUGAUCGAUCAGCUCCAGAUCCGCGACAGCCUAAGGAUGUAUAAUUCACUGGUGGAGAGAUGUUUCUCUGACUGUGUGGACACCUUCCGCCGGAAGUCCCUAGACAAGCAAGAGGAGAAGUGUGUUCGUCACUGCGCUGAGAAGUUCUUGAAACACUCCAUGCGGGUUGGCAUGAGAUUUGCAGAGCUUAAUCAAGGUGCUGCAACACCUGAUUAACUUCCCUUGAUUUUAGAGGAACUUGGGUAGCUGAUCUUUUGCUACCAAAGCAUAAUUAGUUUGGAUAAGAAAGCAGUGGUCAUUCUUGUUUUGUUCUCUCCCCUGCUAGAAUGUUUCAGCAAGGAGCGAUUCUAAGAUCCUUAGCUGAGUGUAUGCACCGUAUAUUUGGGUUUUCAUUUUGUACUGAGGCCUAUGGUCCUGUGUCAAUGGACUGCCCCAAAAUGUCUCCUUGAGUGGAAGAUCCUAUCCAUCAAUCCUUGGCCUUUCAUCAGUUGAAUGUGGACUUUUGCUGUAUUUCAUUCUCGACUGUUGAUUUGUAGGCCUCAAAAUGGAAAGUCGUGGUUGUCCUAUUGUGGAGAUUUUUAGGGGACCACCCAUACAUAUUGUGGCCCAAACAAACUGAUGGCUGGACCAUUGAACCAUAGGCCCCACUUUGACAGAGCAACAACCAGUAUAUACUGUGCAUGCCAUUGAUCAAAGAUUUUAUAUAUAUUUGAGAGAUAGAUCAAAGAUUAUAUAAUUCUGUUCCAGCAAGAAGGGACAUGGGAUUUUUGUUUCAAACCCACGGAAUAUCAACCAUGAAUUGUUCUGGUAAGUUGUUGAAAUUAAAGAAACUUGGGAGCUUGGGUCAUUGGCUUCAACAAAGGUCUUUUGUAAUUCCAAUUUAUAUGCCAGUUUAAGUAUUUUAUUUAGUCCUUUUUCUAGAA